AUGACGGAUGUUAUUGAUUUAGAGUUAGGCGACGACAUCGUCAAGAAGCCUAUUGAUUCGAAACGCCCGAACCAGUCUUCGAAAACCAAGGUCAAGAGGAGGGGCCAAUUGACUUUUGACGAUUUYAGAAACAUUAAAGUUACCGAGGAACCUGUUGUCUUUUCUCACAAUGUUUCCAUCGAUGACUCGUUGGACGCUGCUAUCCAGACCAAUAAGCACAAUAAAGAUGAAAAAAUUGAUGAUGAAGAGCCUCCAAGCAAAAAAUUAAAGGGUAACGCCAAGCAUGAACACUCUAACAUCAAAGCUCAUCCAAACGAGGUAAUAAAGGCAGAAUCGAACAAUGAAAAUAUCAUUAACAAUAGACCGCUAUAUACUUUAAACUGGUCACCCAAUAUCCCUUUACAAUUUCUUGACUACCGAAAACCUGUAGGCGAAGACAAAGCUGUAGAAAAUAAGUGGGCACCUCCCAAUUGCAUUCCUCUCCCAUACGCAGGUGAUAUUAUAAAGGUGCUUUCGUUUAUUGCUAAAUUUCAUUGGGCCUUCGGUGAUGAUUUACUAAAUUUAUCAUUCCAAGAGGUGGAGAUUGGAUUAGAGUUACAAUCCAAUCUCCACGUUGCAUAUGUUCAUUCUUUGAAGGAUGUUAAGCUCUGUCAAGACAAAAUGAAUCUUCUAUUCUGCAGCAUUUUAAAAUUAUUAUUCAACCCCGAUAAAGGAACUGAGAACCAUACACACAAGAAUUUCACUUUACAGAGGUUCCUCAAUUUGAAAAAUCCAUACGGAAAAUUGGUACGCAAACUAAAGGCUGUAAUGCAGGAAUGGGGCUGCCCUGAAGAAUGGCGUAAUAACGAUGACUCGUUAUCUACCUUAAACCUUAAUGGGCGUGGUUUGUUGACCAUGAAACCAUCAGCUAGAAUAAUCCUAUUAAGGUGUAUGAUUGAUUGGAGUUGUAGCUACUCUCCGCUUUUUCAUAACGAAAUCCAGAGGCUGUCUCAUUUGAAAGGCGACACUGGGUUUAACCAUCAGACUUUCCAUACCCCCAGACUUUCCAUGUACGGAGUCGAUGACACUUUGAACAAUUUUGAAGUAUUGUGUUCUUUAAUGAAUCAAAAACUGGAAAACCGGAAAAAGAGGAGGUCUCACGACCAAGACAAACUAAGUGAGAUCAACGAACAAAUGAAAUUUUUGAAGGACGUUCGAAAGUCGCUGAACGAAAAGUUGACUGCGGACAGAUUACGGGCAACCAUCAAAAUUAAUGAACAGUGGAGCAAGUAUUUCGAGAACGAACUAUCGCACACACCGGUUGAUGACCCUAUAGCCGAUGAAAUAUAUAGGUUAAGAUCAUCAGAGUUCAUGAUCGCAAGAAUUCCGAAGUUAGGUGAUUUUUACUUGCCACCAUUUCGCAUCGAAAAUAAGUGCAAUGCAACUAGUACUACUUAUAAUUUUAACAAAAUGACAACUUAUGUUAAUUACUAUAUCAAAUUUAAAAAAGAGGACAGAGUGGCACCAAAACAGCUUGCGGCAAGUAUACCGAGAGAAAACACCUGUCAAUUAAAACUAUUAUACAAUGACACUUCGGUACGUGUUCACGAUCUACUUUCUAGUGACACUAAAUUAGCGAAGGCGUCUCAUUGGUUUGAAGUUUCAGGUGACCUAGAGUCUUUAAUUGGCUUUAUUGAAUAUUUAGAAAGAGCGCCGUUACUUGAGGAAAGUACUGGUGCCGAUACGAAAAAGGGUAUUGAUAACCUAAUUGAAUAUUUGAAAGUUUUCAUUGUCUUUAUAAGUGAAACUAUUAAAAUUACUAAAGAUACGACUACACAGAGCAUUGUAGGACGUCAUCUGCGAACAAAAUCUCGGCAAAGAGCUAGAACGCAUUACUCGGCGGAUGGGGAUAGUGACUGCUUUGAGGAAACCGAAACCGAAUUUGACAAAGAGUUUAACGAUAAUUGUCAAUCUGAAUAUUUCUGCAGUAGGGAGGAAUCUGAAAAAACUAGUGGUAAUGGGAUAAGUGAAUGUUUAAAGGCUGGAACAGAUAAUGAAAAUAAUAAUCAGAGUGAGGAUUACAGCGAUGUAGAAAUUUUUUCAGAACCUGUGAGGCAAAUGCCUAGCGAUUCUAGGGAAGGGAGAAGUUUAAGACGUAAUGCCAGAAGAGAUCUAUCAUUUUGA